UCUCAAUCUCAGUACAGUACACUAGUGUCUGCUUGUACACACUCUCUCUCUUCUUCUAUAACAAUAAUAGAAGAGAAAUAACCAUCAGACUCUAUCUAUAAACUAUCCCUCUCUUUUUCCACUAAUCAACUGGGUACAUUUGUGUAUUUGCAUUCCGUUCAUGGCUGUUCUGUUUCUCUAUCUUCUCAGUCUCCUCAUGGCUGGCCAUUGUAGUGCCACAUGGUGUGUGUGCAAAACAGGGCUGAGUGACUCAGUGCUACAAAGGACACUAGACUACGCAUGUGGAAAUGGAGCUGACUGUAACCCAACUCACCCAAAAGGGUCUUGCUUCAACCCUGACAAUGUUAGAGCUCAUUGUAGCUAUGCUGUUAAUAGCUUCUUUCAGAAGAAAAGUCAAGCUUCUGAGUCUUGUAAUUUCACUGGUACCGCCACUCCUACAACCCAGGAUCCCAGCUAUUCAGGAUGUCCAUUCCCUUCUAGCGUUAGUGUCACUGGAGGUGGUGGCAGCACCACUGGAGGUAGUGGCAGCACCACUGGAGGUGGUAGCAGCAGCACCGUGACGCCAGGCAAAAGCAGUCCAAAAGGAAACAGCCCUAUCACAACAUUUCCCGGCGGAAACAGUCCAUACACUGGCAGUCCAUUCACUGGCACACCAACCACUGGACUGCUAGGAGGCAAUAUCACUGAUGCUACCGGAACCGGGUUAAACCCGGAUUACUCAAACGAAAACAGCGGUUUCGUGCUCCGUAAUUCCAACACUUGGUUCCUCUGCUUGUGUUCUGUCUUGAUGAUGAUCUGAAGAUGAUGAAUGGACUUCCUCUCUAGUUUACUAUCCAAAUAUGCUAUGUUCUUGUUUUAUUUUGGACUUCUGUACGUUCUUAUCAAUUUUAAGGAAAACAAUUAACAAUGUAAAACUGAAUCGUUUCGGGACGAAUUUGGUUUCUAUUUAAUAUCUUUAAAUCUUAAGCAACAAUUAUUAUUAUUA